AUGUCUCCACGCGGCCGUGGCUCCCCAAUAAUACCGCAAUGGCUGCUCUCGCGUCCGGCAAGCCGCGGCUUGCUCAGCGGCUCACGCAUCAAACUCUUCUUCCUCGCGUUACUCUGCAUGGGCCUUGCCUACACCGCCGUGAACUUAUGGAGCGUGGACAGCUCCAUCGUCGACACCACCGCUGCAGAUGAUGGCUAUGGCGAACACGCCAACAGCUUCCGGACCUCCGGUCACGAGACAUCAUACGUUGGAAGGCCCGCAGGCGCUGCAUUGAUCGAAACGACCGAGUUAAACAACGGAACGACGACGAACAAAACAACAGCAUCCGGCGGUGGCCGGCCCAAGAAAGCAGGAGCCCACUCCACCUGGACCGACAAACUAACCGACAAGCUGCACGCCUGGACGUCCUGGCGCCACGGCGCCGGCAGCGAGAACUCCACCACUGUCUCCGACUCCACCUUCUUUGAGCACGUCACGUCAUCCGACACAGGCCGCAUCUCAUACGAAGUGCUCGAUCCCGGCGUCAAGAACAUGGGCGAAGGCAGCGUGCAGCGCGUCGGAAAAUGCACGAUCCUCUUUGGCGCACGGAACCCGACAUACGAGCGAGCUUUGCAGACGCACAUGGCGCACAACGAGGCGCACGGCUACCCGCUGCACGUGCUACGCACCAGCAUGCUAGACGAUGUGUGGAGUAAGCCGGCGUACAUCCUGCACCUGCUGCUCGCGGAGCUGGCCAAGCCGGCGGAACUAAGGCUGGAGUGGCUGCUGUGGGUGGACGCGGACACGAUCAUUUUAAACCCAUUGAUCCCGGUUGAGGUCUUCUUGCCGCCAAUGGGCGAGUGGGACCACAUACAUAUGCUUGUAACGAACGACUGGAACGGGCUCAAUAACGGCGUGUUUCCCGUUCGUGUCUCUUCAUGGAGUGUGACGCUGUUCAGCGCCAUUGUUGCCUUCCGCUAUUAUCGCCCGGAUGCGCGUUUGACGUUCCGCGACCAGUCGGCUAUGGAUCUGUUGAUCCAGGACGAAGGAUUUAAAGAGGGCGUGGUGUACGCGCCACAGCGCUGGUUCAACGGCUACCAGGGCGAGCACAACGAGACGCUCGCCCCACAUCAGGUUCGGCGUGGUGAUCUCUUAGUCCAUUUUGCCGGCGUCGGGAAUAGAGAAGAACGUAUGCGGUAUUGGCUCGAGAGGGCCGAAACACACGAUCCCUCCUGGGAGGUCGAUGUCAAGCAUACCACGUAUCCGAUGGAAGUUAAGGACUUUUGGGCUGGCGAGCGUGCUCGGCAAGCGGAUCGGAACCGGGAGAUCCAGACCGUGAGGGCCGAACUCGAGGAGCUGAUCCAGAAAACUGAGAGCAGGUUGAUUGAGUUCCGGCCGAAGUUGGACUCAAAGGUCGCGGAAGACGUCAAGGUCAAAAUAGAAGCCGCGAUAGAAGUGAUGGAUGAUCCAAAAAAUAAGAUGAAACCUGGCAAGUUCAGGCAGACGCUAGAAAGGUUGCGGAAUGAUGUUAGACCAAUCGACGAGAAGAUCAAAGAGGCGAACAAAGAUCUCGUCAAGCAGGCUCACGACGUCAUAUUUGAGGUGGAAGUGACGACGCUGGAUGAGGAACUCCGCCAAUUGAAUGUGGCUGCGGAGCUCGCCGACGUCGAGUCAAGGAUUGCCAGAUUGAAAGAAGAGACGUACCGGGAGCAGCCAAACGAGUCUGUAUUGAAAGAUCUCAUGGACCAAGUAAAGUCGACACACCGGGUCUUGAAGAGCAAGGCCAAGGCGGAGUACGAGAAGAAGGAAGCCAAGAAGAAAGAGGAAGAAGAGAAAAACAAGGAAACGCAGGCAAGGUGA